AUGCUCCUCCCCUCCAAUGCUCCUCACCUCCCCCCGCCCCCCUCUCCCUCCGCGCCAUGGCCGUCGUCGGCGUCGGAGUCGGAAACGCCUCGGCGGGAGCGGGGGGCAGCGACGAUGACGACUGACCAUUGGCAUUUAGCUCAGCACAUUGUUUCCGAUACCGAUAUGCCGAAGCGGAGUCGCGUUUCCUGUUGGAGGCACGAUGUGGAUACCCCUGGGGAGAUAUCAAAGAUGGUUGCCCUCACUCUUCCCACAAUUUUCAAGGAAGGGCUCUACACUUCCACGGACUUCAAAAAGCAUGUGAAUGUUACGUACCUCCAAUGGAUGACGCCAUCGCUGAGCGGAUUGAUUUCGCUCGACAAGAGAGGCGGCUACUUUGCGCAAUCUGAUAUGGACUCAGCAGUUGCACGGCUUGUCAGCGAUGGCCCCAACCAGAAAGAGUUGGUGAAGCUAUCUCGGAAGUUGUUGAAGCCACCAGCUGACGUUGUGGCAUUAAUCGCGUACUCAUACAGAACUAUGCUCGCCCACAUCCGACUGAGCUUUGAUCAGUACCAGGCUGGCACCAUGAAACAGGGGGAUGAUUUUGCGAGGAAGCAUGCGCUCGAGCACCCGAAAGAUCUGAGAGAUAUUUACGAAUUGAUCGAAUACGAGCCUUCGGCCGUUGGCGGCCCCCCAAAGAGAGCCAAGAAAUCAGUGAACCCGUUUCCAUUCUUCAGGGGUGAAGAACCAGAUGGCGAAACUAGUAGCGAUGAGGUUCUCGAGAUAUCUUCCGGGGACGAAAUUACAGUAGAUUACGAAAUCACAGAUGGGAAAGUAUUCAAGCGGAUGUCCAGCGGCAUCGCUAUCAAGGGCGAUCUCAAAUGUGGGGAUGAUGGUUUCGUAGUUGCCCACUGGAAGGAUGGCUCCACGUACCAGACACUGAUCCCUAACAAGAACAUCGGCGCCGAUUCUGUCGCCGAACAUAGGCCGCUGCCGCUGCCAGUUCCGAAGAAGACAGCCAGGAACGGCCCCGUCAAGAAGCCUGCUUGCGCUGAGGUUGACAAGAAGCCUGCGUGCGCUGGCGAGGCGCCCGCUGAUGUUGGCAAGCAGCCUUCGUGCGCUGGCGAGGCGCCUGGCACUGUUUUGAAGAGGCCCUCCUGCGCUGCCGCGGGCAAGCGGCCAGCUUGUUCAGAGCUUGCGCUAGCCAUAAUUCACUCGUCGAGCGAAGGCGGCGACGCGCCGCCAUUAGCCGACAGCGUGGAACUUGCCGCUUUGGAUGACGUGGCGGCGCCUUCCGAAUCCGAUGGGGGCACGGGGGGCGACUGUCGGAUCAGGGUCGCAGCUGGCCACCACGGUUCGUCGACGCUUCUCGUGCUGAGCCCAUCCGACAAGGCGCAAGUGGUACAGGUCACCACCAACGAAUCCCCGCACCCUGCAAAGAUCACAGAGCAUAUCAUGAAGGAUGUGCUCAAAGUUGUUUCUGCCCUGCGCGGGCCUCUCAAAGGCCAGCCCAAGGCUGUUGAAUGGGUCAGGACCUUGUGCAGGAAAUCGAAAGAGCGUUGGCUCACGCAUUACAGUGCGUAG